GAUGAGGAUGUGUAGGUAAUACUCCUGGAGCCGCAUUGGACGCCAUGUCUGAAGAGGCGAGUUCAGAAAGUGACCUAGAGCAUAGCCUUAACAGUGAAGAGGAGGAUUUGGAAAAUGAGGGAGAUGAGCUGGAGGAAGAUGUUGACGAUGAUGAAGACGAUGAUACAGUUGGCCAAUCUGGGAGUGCCCAGGACAAUGCAGAGACAACUCACGAUGGCGGUGACUCCCUUUCAGCUACCUCCGGAGAGCCUUCCCCUGAUUCUCCAUCUCAGCCUGCGUCCCGCCCUUCCUCGAGGGCUCCCUCCAGACCUGCUUCUCGUUCUCAGCCUCCAGCCAGCCCUGAGAGCUUGAGCCCUGUCGGCAAGACUAAGAAACAGAGAGCCUCUAAAUCGCUCAAGUCCUCCAAGUCCUCAAAAGGCUCUAAACCCUCAAAGCCAUCUAAACCUGCACACAUGAGAAAGAAUAUCAGAAAACUGUUGAAAGAGCAUCAGUUAGAGGCUGGGACCAAGGCUGCCCAACAGGAAGAACUGGAGAGGCGGAAACGUCUGGAGCAGCAGAGGAAGGACUUCCCUACACCAGCCCUACCUGUAACAGAGUCUCACUUAGGCAAGCAGGAUGUCAUCUGCCUGGAUAGCAGUGGUGAAGAUGAUGAAAAAGAGGAGGCUAACCUGCCUGUGCGAGCUAUCAGAGAUGAUGUAAUUGAGCUCAGUUCCGGGGAUGAGGAUGCUCUGCAAAUUAGCAGCGAGUCAGCCGACGAGGAUGCUGAAGGUACUGCUGGGACAGAGGAGAGCAGUGGCGCACACAUAAAUGAUGCACUGAACCAGCGCGAUGCCCAAGGUAGAGUGCUGGUCAACAUCAAUCAUCCUGCAGAGGAGGAAGAUCUUUACCUUGCCCCGCAACUGGCCAGGGCUGUCAAACCUCACCAGAUUGGGGGAAUCCGGUUUCUGUAUGAUAACCUAAUUGAGUCUCUGGAGAGGUAUAAGACCAGUAGUGGUUUUGGUUGUAUACUGGCACACAGCAUGGGAUUGGGCAAGACCCUUCAGGUCAUUUCUUUUAUUGAUAUUCUGCUGAAGUACACUGGGGCACACACUGUGCUGGCCAUUGUCCCUGUGAACACACUUCAGAACUGGCUGACUGAGUUUAACCUCUGGCUUCCACCCCAAGAAACUCUUUCCUCUGACACUGACCCUGCAUUUGUCGCAGGCCGGACAUUUAAAGUUCAUAUUCUUAAUGAUGAGCACAAAACAACGGUGGCCAGGGCUAAGGUUGUUGAAGAGUGGUCCAGAGAUGGUGGGGUGCUGCUCAUGGGUUACGAGAUGUACCGCCUGCUGUCCUUGAAGAAGAGCUUUGUCAUGAGUAAGAAGAGGAAGUCCAAAAAGCCUGCAGGGCCAAUCAUCAUUGACUUGGAUGAGGAGGAUAGACAACAAGAGCUUAUGAAAGGUAUUGAAAAGGCCAUUGCACGGCCAGGCCCAGAUGUGGUGAUCUGUGAUGAGGGUCACCGUAUUAAAAACUGUCAUGCCAACACAUCACAGGCCCUAAAGAGCAUUCGGUCACGGAGACGGGUUGUUCUGACAGGGUACCCACUCCAGAACAACCUUAUUGAGUACUGGUGCAUGGUGGACUUUGUUAGGCCUGACUUCCUGGGAACUCGACAAGAGUUCAGCAACAUGUUUGAACGUCCAAUUUUGAAUGGGCAGUGCGUGGACAGCACGCCUCAAGAUGUCCGCCUCAUGCGCUACCGCAGCCAUGUGCUGCACAGCCUGUUGGAGGGCUUUGUCCAGAGACGUGGUCAUGAUGUGCUGCGAGAUCAACUUCCAUUGAAGGAGGAGCAUGUGAUCUUGGUGCGGCUGUCCCCUAUCCAGAGGGCACUCUACACCGAGUUCAUGAACCGCUUCCGAGAGGCUGGAAACAGUGGCUGGCUUGGCCUCAACCCCCUCAAGGCCUUCUGUGUUUGCUGCAAGAUUUGGAACCACCCUGACGUCUUGUAUGAAACACUACAGAAGGAGAACCAGGCCAGCGAGCAGGACCUGGACCUUGAUGACAUCACAUCUGCAUCCAAUCCGCGCUGCCCUGCCCCUGGUAGUGGCCUCAAAGCCAAAGUAGCUGACUCCACCAACAGCAAGGUCAACACCCCUUUGCCUGGGCUUAACCCCAUUCAGGAUAGAGCCAAUCAAGUCAUCACCUAUGAAUGGGCAAAGGAGAUAAUGUCCAACUACCAGACAGGCGUUCUUGAGAACUCUGCAAAGAUGGUUCUGCUCUUCCAUUUGAUCGAUGAGAGUGUGAGGAGAGGAGACAAGCUUCUGAUCUUCAGCCAAAGUUUGUCUACCCUAACAGUCAUUGAGGACUUCUUAUCCAAGAGGCCCGUGCCAACAGGUGUAGUAGAGUCCUUGUGCAACAACAACCUGAACUGGGUCCGUAACCUCAACUACUACAGAUUGGAUGGGAGCACAUCUGCCUCGGAGAGAGAGCGACUUAUCAAUCAGUUUAAUGACCCAGAGAACCACGCAGCAUUGGUCUUCCUGCUGUCUACCAGAGCGGGCUGCUUAGGGGUGAAUCUGAUCGGUGCCAACCGAGUUGUGGUAUUUGAUGCCUCCUGGAACCCAUGUCAUGACGCUCAGGCGGUAUGUAGAGUGUACCGCUAUGGUCAGAGAAAACCCUGCCACAUUUACCGCCUUGUCUGUGACUUCACCCUGGAGAAGAAGAUUUAUGACAGACAGGUCUCUAAACAGGGCAUGUCUGACCGUGUGGUAGAUGACCUGAACCCCGUGCUGAACUUCACUCGCAAGGAAGUGGAGUCACUGCUGCACUUUGUCGAAGAGGAGCCCAACGAGACCAAAGUCUCUCUGGAGUUCCGAGAGGAAAUGGAGACUGUCAUCAGACAGGCCUGUCAGCGCUACCCUCACCUCAUCACCAAGAGGCCUUUCCACCACGAGUCUCUGCUGGUGGACAGGAAGGAGUCAAAGCUGACCAAAGCAGAGAAGAGAGCAGCCAAGAAGAGCUAUGAAGAUGAGAAGCGUGCCUCUGUACCCUACUCACGCCCAUCUUACGCCCACUAUUAUCCAACUAGUGACCAGACGCUUACCAACAUACCAGCAUUUAGCCAGCGUAAUUGGCGUCCCAUGGCACGGCCAGAUGACAAACCUGUGGCAAGUGUCAGGCCCAUUCAGUCCACCCCAAUUCCCAUGAUGCCUCGGCAGGUGAACAUGGGUAUGGCUGGCUCUAGUUCUGGUGGUAGCUUUCCUGUCAACUUCCUACAGAAGGCUGGGGUUUAUGUACAGAGGAUUGUCACCACAACUGACAUCGUAAUCCCGGGAGCAAACAGCACAACAGAUGUACAGGCCCGCAUUGGCGCAGGAGAGAGCAUCCAUGUCAUCAAAGGGUCUAAAGGUACCUACAUCAGAACAAAUGAUGGAAGAAUUUUUGCUAUCCGAUCUGGAAAGAUUAGUAGAUCAACAGUUGGGGGUUCUGCUACUUCAAGAGACUCCCAGGGCUCCGAAAUCCACCCAGUCAGUAAUGGCUGUUCAUUGACUGCAGAGCAGCAACGCCGCCCCGAUGGUGAGCCAUGUCCCUCAAACCCUGACAGCCCUGAGAUUCUCCAAGAGCUAAGCCGCUACGCCGCCGCCACAGACAAUGUGCCUGCGUGUGCGGCAAAUGAAUUGCCAUCUCCAUCAGAAAUGUCUGCUAUACCAGCAGGGGAUGGGAACAUCUCGCAGCACAAUCAGACCGGCGACCUCAGCAGACACCUCGGUAAUGACCUUCUGGGCUCCUCCAUAGAGAUGCGUGGCAGAAAACGCAGGAUUAGUGCUGAAAGCCAUCGCAACAAGCAAACAUGCAAACGCACAUCCACUGCAGCACAUUUCCCAGACUUGUCCCUGGGCAGCGGACUUGGUUUUGCCCCUGUGGGUCUGAACUCCUCCUCCCUGCUGGGAAACUUGGGACACAUGAGUCACCCGCUACUGAUGGGUGGCAGUGGUGGAUCUUCGUUCCUUCAGACACCAGAGCAGACACUGGGUGACCUACAGACCAUGUUCUCUGCAGGGACAGACCUUCUGAACCCGUCAGCCACAGGGAAUGGACACCUCCCCUCCUCUUCAACAUCUUCCUCUCUUUCCUCCAUUUUCCCUUCAGCUGACACCAUUGUUCCUACUUCAUCUACCCCCUCAGCGUCCACCUCUUCCUCCUCCCUGGCAUCAAGCUCUCUGCCUCCCUAUUUGAUGAACCCCAACAUGGCUGGUCUGCUGUCCCCAGGCUUCUCUCUGAACUAUGGUCAAUCUUUGCUCUCUGAGCCCAGAAUGUACUCUAACCAUCUCCUCUCUGGAGCAGGGGGAUACCCUGCACCCAGCCCCAACGCUACAGCAUCGAGCUUUCUUUCCCAUUUCAACAAUCCCACCACCAGUCUUUUGGGGGCAGCUCUGAGACAACCCGACAUACAUCUGACCACAGAGAACGGUGGCAGUAGCUCAGACGAUGACGUCAUAGAGGUGACGGGGCAAUAGACUAUAAAAGAAGGAAUUGGCUUCUGACACCAUUUCUUUUUUAAACAUGGUUCACCUGAAGGAGGGAAGGGAACCCUCACCAUGAUGGGAUGGGAAUGAAUACAUGUUUACGUAACUAGUUCUGGGCAAAAGCUAGGAAGUUGUCAGUUAAACAAAUUUCUUAAACCUGCCACAGGGAUCCUAAGGAUAUGAAAAUUUUGGGGAAGUCGUAGUAUUGUUAUGAAUUACACAGGCUUUUCCUAUUAGAAAGAUAAACAGUCCUUCCAAAG